AUGUAUUGGGUGAAAAUAGACGUUGAAACAGUCAAUGGUCCAAGUGGCAGUAUUUACGCAAAGACUUUGGUUAUCUUUUGUAUUGGCGUAGGCGGCAUCAUUCGAGAAGUGUAUUUAAUGCAUGUUGCUACACUUGUGGCCUGCUCUCUGUAUUUCCGGCAUCUGUUCAGUGUUCAACUAGUUAUUCACGAGAUACCUGUAUCUUGGAUAUUGGAUCUUCAAGAAGGUCAAGUUCUUUUCACGUGGUUUGAAUCGGUCAUUCUAAGCGUAUCUCUUGAAAGAAAUCUCAGUUUUUUGAUCUCAAAACUUUACUUGGAUUCAUUUCCCCCAUAUCGACAACUAACAUUUCAAGGAAGAAGAAAAAUGACAAACAUAACUGCAUUCAACUGUUUCCAACUUAAAAGUUGA